AUGAAAUUAUUCUUACACUGCGCACUGCUGUGCUUCUGGAGUGUUCUGGCAAGCACCAAGCAUGAACCAAUUUACAGAAGUAAUGCAAGCUUAUACAGGCCGUAUAUUGACAGAGUCACUGGCAGGGUUGUCUUUGGGACCUUGCAGGGCGGCUGCAGUGUCAUUUCCACAGGAAAUGACGCAGGUGUCCAUUUGACUCAAAGUGCUGAGAAUUCAUACGGCAGCAUAACGGCAAGAAAACCCAUCUCAGGAAGUAAUUGGAAGCUGGAUGUACAUGCAACAGUGAAAAAGGGUGCAAAAGGCAUGGGUAUCUGGGUUAUGAAGGACUUUGAAGGAGGAUCUCUCUUUGGAGGAAGUGAACAGUUUAACGGAAUUCUUGUAUUUUUGGCUUUACAGAAGAACUCUCUAACAGACAUAUACCCAUCAAUUGGAGUGGCCACAGGAUACGGAAAUGCGCCUGUAGUGCACUUCCAGAAGAAGAUUAAAAUGGUUGAUGAUAUAAUGAUUAGUUUGCGCCUGGUGGACAGUACGCUCUCUGUGUUCUACGGGGGAAGAAACCUUAAGGUAGAAUUAAUAGAUGAAAUGCACAGAAUAUCCAUUGAUGACAACAGUUUUGUAAGCAUAUCCGGACAAGUUCUCACAGAAAAUGGUGACAUCAACAUAAAGACAGCUUCUUUCUUUAAGAUGCACAUCCCAAAGAGAAGAGGAUUUCAGGAAGAUGAAAUCCCAAAGACAAAGUCAAAAACCACAUGGCUCUUACUGGGUGCACUAUGCCUGGCUGUCUUGUGCUACUUGUAUACGCAAAGGUCUGCAAAACCAAAGCACAAGGGUAUCCUGCAGAAAUAA